AUGGUACGGGAUGGUAUUGUGCUUGGGCACAAAAUAUCUACUGCAGGACUAGAAGUUGAUAGAGCCAAGAUCGUGGCGAUUGAGCAGAUGCCGCCACCGUCUAGUGAGAAAGCUGUGAGGAGUUUCUUGGGGCACGCGGGGUUUUAUCGUCGAUUCAUUAAGGAUUUCUCUCAGAUAGCCCGCCCCCUUUCCAAUUUGCUAGCCAAGGAUGUCAAGUUCAACUUCUCUGCAGAAUGUCUGCAAGCCUUUGAAAUUUUGAAGAAAGCGUUGGUGAGUGCUCCUGUACCUAUAGCUCCAGAUUGGUCACAGCCUUUCGAGAUUAUGUGCGAUGCCAGUGACGUGGCUGUAGGUUCAGCAUUGGGGCAGAAGAGGGAUAAAGUGUUCAGAGUGAUCUACUAUGCGAGCCGGACUCUAGAUCCGGCUCAGCCAAAUUACACCACCACGGAGAAGGAGAUGUUGGCUGUGGUAUAUUCCUUUGACAAGUUUCGCCCGUACCUCAUUGGAGCAAAGACAAUUGUUUUUACAGAUCAUGCCGCCAUUCGCUAUUUGUUUGCUAAGGUGGAUGCCAAGCCUCGAUUAAUUCGUUGGGUUCUUUUGCUACAAGAAUUUGACUUGGAGAUUCGGGACAGAAAGGGGUGUGAGAAUGUGGUAGCCGAUCACUUAUCUAGAUUGGAGCACUGUUUUGAAGGGGAGAACUUGAAGAAGCCUAUCAAUGAGGAGUUCCCUGAUGAGCAUCUCUUCUAUGCUCAGAGCUCCGUACCAUGGUUUGCAGAUAUUGUGAACUUUCUAGUAGCCAAGGUGGUUCCAGAGGGCCUCAACAAGCAUCAAAUGAGGAAGUUCUUUCAUGAUGUCAAGUUCUAUUUUUGGGAUGAGCCGUUCCUAUUUAGAAGAUGUGCGGAUAUGGUGAUUAGGAGAUGCACUCCCAAUGAGCAAUGGGAAGCGGUGAUCAGAAACUGUCACUCAAGUCCUAGUGGAGGACAUUUUGGAGCUAAUCGGACGGCGAUGAAACACCGAAUCACUUCCCCAUAUCACCCUCAAGCCAAUGGUCAAACUGAAUUGGCCAAUCGAGAGAUCAAAGGUAUCUUGGAGAAGACGGUGAAUGCGAAUAGAAAGGACUGGGCUUUGAAGCUCGAUGAUGCAUUGUGGGCGUAUAGAACGGCGUAUAAAACACCAAUCGGCAUGUCACCCUACCAAUUGGUGUUUGGGAAAUCCUGUCAUCUUCCUGUGGAGCUUGAGCACAAAUCAUAUUGGGCAGUGAAGCAGUUAAAUGCCGACUACUACAAGGCGGGAAAGGAAAGACAAUCUUAUCUGAAUUUGCUCGAUGAAUUCCGGAAUGAGGCGUUCGAAAAUUCCGCCAUCUACAAGGAGCGCCUCAAAACUUAUCAUGAUAAGAUGAUCGACAAGCGGGAGUUCUUCCCAGGAGAUUUGGUGUUGUUAUUCAAUGCUCGGAUGAAGCUCUUCCCCGGAAAGCUUAAGUCGAGGUGGUUCGGCCCCUUCAAAGUUAGAACUGUGAUGAAGAAUGGAGCUUUAGAACUUGAAGCUGAUGAUGGGAGGGUGUUCACGGCCAAUGGUCAGAAUGUGAAGACGUUUCAUACUAUGGAGCAGAAGGAAGAAGUGUUCCAACUCUCCUUGGAGCCCCAGUAA